AUGCGCAUUCGCUGCCUAUCCUGGGCCUUGGAUGCGUGCAAGAUGUUCUACCCACAGGAUCUCAUCCUGACUAUCCGCACCACCGUCGGGGAGGUGAUUUUGUUCUCGUUCGAGUUGGCGAUGGAUAUUCUGGAGAAGAUUCAGAGUAUUUGGUGGGGGCCGGUGAAUACGCUUUUGCAUCUCGUGAUUGCGGGGCUAACUGGGAAGUCGUCCGCGAUGGUGUGA